AUGACUAAAAACUUACAAGAAAUCUUAAAAGAUAUACCAAAUAUAGAAAUCUUAAAGGAAUUAAAAAGACGGUUAGAUAUUAAUAUUAAAGAUAAUACGCUCACACCUACUCCCACGCGUGAGAGGAAUAAUGAUAAUGGUGUAUUAGUUGGACGGAUGAAUAACAACCCCGCCAAAAGUGAAUAUAAUUUAAUGGGUAAGAUAUUAGGACUAUACGAAAAUCAACCUAAAAACCUCUUAUCAUUCGAACAAAAGGAGGUAAUGGGAUCGCAAGUUCUUUUUACCUUUAUGGAAGUUCUUAAAGAAUAUACCGAGGGACUUAAUUUUAAUCAACGGGAACAAGAAAGGGUCCAGUUAACUUUUGAUGCCAAGCGAUUUAAUUAUAACCUAGAACCAAUUAAAGAGAAGUUAAAGGCGGGGACAGUAAUAAAAGUCUACGGGAGAUUAAAUAAUACCAUAAAUCAAAAGACAGGCGGGAGGAGUUUUAGUGUUUAUUCUUUUACUGACUUCCCCGAAAAGGUAAUUAACUUUAAUUCACGGGGACAACCACCCUAA